AUGCAAAAGAAGGCUAUUGGGUCGGUAAUGAUUAACGGUAGUGUACAUUUAUGGGGAACGGAUGGCAAAGCAUCUUUGAUUUCAGUUGAGAGCAUCGCGCUUGUAUGGUUCAUCAAGUUAUGUGCUUCAGAAGAGGCAAAGAAUAUGGUUACGGGAUUGCAGGUUGUAUUCUCCAACAAUACAGACCUAUCGCCUGAUGGAAAACUACCAGUAUUGAUCUUAGAUGAUGGGAUGAAAGUAUCUGGCUAUGUGAAUAUCGUUCAAUUUUUACGUAAAAAUAGACAUACUAGCAAAUAUGAGAAAAGGACGAAUGAUGAGGAAACUAUGGCAAUUGCUGGAAAGCAGGAUCACCUUCUGGAGUAUUCCCUAUUGAAUUUUGUUGAUAUCGAAAUGUCUAGACUAACGGACUACCAACUUUUUUUGAACACCAAAAAUUACAAUGAAUAUACCAAGAAAUUGUUUUCAAAAUUAUUGUAUUUUCCUAUGUGGUACAAUACGCCAUUGCAAUUGAGAUCGCAAGCGCGUGAAAAUUGUCAGGAGAUUAUAGGCUCCCUGACCCUUGAGGAUGAUCAAGAAUUUGUAGAAAGUAAAGCAAUGGAGUCUGCGUCGCAACUCGCACAAUCGAAGACUUUCAAAAUUGCGCAUAAGAACAAAAUUAAGGGCAAGCAAGAUCUACAACAAGUGAAAUACAAUCUUCAAUUCGAUAAUAGAUUACAAGAUUUCGUCAGGAAUUGGCUAGCUGUCCGUAAAAAACUGGACGAUUCUGUAAUACUUUUCCCCGAUAUCCUUUUCUUCGCAAACAUUUACGUUCAGUUAAGCCUACCUGAUGGGAAGCGCAUUCGUUCGAAGUUGGAACAAACUUUUGGAAGUGAAUUUGUGAAUAAUACAUCUAACAAAAUUGAUGUAUUCAUUCAUAAGUCUAGUAAUAACUUGGAGCAAAGAGAUCCUCAAUUUAAGGAGCAAGGGAACGCUGUGAUGUCAUUAUACAAUUUAGCCUGUAAAUACAUAUGA